AUGCCUCUUCCGAAUUUACGAAUGUCAUCGACAAGUCCCGCCAGGAUCAAGAACUUAAUACACGGUUUCCAAGCGGUUCUCAUUUUCCUAGCAUGGGCUCUUACAAUCGCCGUCUUCACCAAAGCGGGCGGCAUUGAUGGCCGCUCCGGCUGGUAUUUUGGUAUCUGCUGGCUCUCCAUCCCCGCUUUGAUUUAUCUUGUCGCCGUACCAACUUUCCCUCGCGCUCGCCGGUUCGGUAAUGUCUACGCUUUCGCUACCGUCGACGCAUUGAUGAUCAUCCUAUGGUUCAGUGGCUGGGUCGCUGUCGCUUCAUACGUCGCCGAGGGCAAGACUAAAGGCCAAGAGGCGCAGAAGGAUUCCAAGGAUCCAAAGUCCGGUUGUGAUGCUUUUGCCUAUGGAAGUGCGUCCAAGUGUAGCGUCAGUACUGCUACGGUGAUUUUUGGAGUCGUUAUUUGCCUUCUAUUCAUCUCCACCGCAUACUUUUCCUUCCGCAAUGUGGCCUACUUUCGCCGCACAGGCACCAUGCCCGACGCCGUAUCUGACCCAACCUUCGACGCCCAAACCAAAGCCGCCUUCUCCUCGAACCCCGCACACGAUUUCGAGGAAGAGGACGAAUUCCGACUUGGUCGCGGUGGUGGUGGUGGUGGUGCCGGUGGCGAGGGUCCCUCUCACUAUGGCCAGGACCGCGAUGAAGAUUAUGCUCUGCUUCAACAAAGUGAAGCAGAUGAGCUUGGCGGAUCGCAUCAUGGUGGUGUAUCAGGCGCAUAUGAUCCUACCUCGACACAUGGAGGGUCCGUGAUGCACGACUACGACACGAGUUACAAUAGUGGCUAUACCUCCCGAUUCGAAGAGAACACAGUACCAGUAAUCAAAAUGAUCUCCGUCGACAUUGACAGCUACAUACAAUACGGCCUCUACCUCGACCCAACAACGAAAGCCAUCUCCCUCCCCAACCCCGAAGGCCAAACUCCCUCGCAAAUCGAAGCCAUCAAUGCCGAACUCCAACAACUAAACGUCCUACAUCGCGCAUUGGUCGGCCUCGACUCACCCAACGUUCCUCCUCCACCUUUGCCUGUCAACCCUAAACGCAGCGCUCAAAUCACCAAACUCCGCGACACCGCAAACACGGCGUUCCGCAAAUCCAACUAUGCGGAAGCAGUCAAGUUGUACGGCUACGCUAUCGAUAUGGCCAUAGGUCGACCGGCGUGGGAGCCCGUGAAUCUCAUCCGCGACGAAUUGUCGGGUCUUUAUGCGAAUCGCGCGCAGGCAUACAUGUCGCAGCAGUCAUGGCCGGAGGGCUGGAUCGACUCGAAAUGUAGCGCGGAGUGUAAGCCUAUGGGCAACGUCAAGGCGUGGUGGCGUGGCGGCAAGUGUCUUGUUGAAAUGAGUCGGUGGGAUGAGGCUCGCGCUUGGGUUGAGCAAGCUUUGGGUCUUGAAGGGCCAGCUAGUGAGGGUGGGAAGGAGCUUGUUGCGCUGUUGGCGGAUAUAGAAGCUGGAAGCAAGAGGGCUUAA